AUGAUUUGACAUUUGUUAGGUGACGUUACGUUACCGGUGUUCGGCAUUUUUAUCUUUUAACAAUUUAUCGAAAUCAAUUAAUUAACUCACUAGAAACUGAGUACUGCUUACGUUACAUAUUACAGUUCCAGCUAAAGUGUAAUUCGAAAAGACUACAGCAGACAGCACUAUGGUCAAUUUUAGGGUGCUAGCGCGAGGCAUGUCGUCGAUUGCGAGAGCCUUCGAAGCAAACGCAGUGGUGCCUGAUGUCGUCUUCAAGGCCCCGGAGAAUGUGGUGACGGUUAAAUUUCCGAGCGGCGUCGAAGUCAACAGUGGAAACGUUCUUACGCCGACCCAAGUGAAAGAUGUUCCAAGUGUUACAUGGGCUACCCAACCUGACACCUUCUACACAUUGGCUAUGACUGAUCCCGAUGCGCCAUCACGCAAGGAGCCUACCUUCCGCGAGUGGCACCACUGGCUGGUCGGAAAUGUUCCCGGCAACGACAUAGCGGCUGGCGAAACGCUCUCUGCCUACAUCGGCUCCGGCCCACCGCCCGGCACCGGCUUACAUCGCUACGUGUACCUGGUCUACAAGCAGCCUGGGAAAAUUAACUUUGACGAGCAACGCCUGCCCAAUAACUCGGGUGACAAACGCGGCGGAUUCUCCAUUUCGAAGUUCGCCAAAAAAUACAACCUGGGUGACCCUCUUGCUGGAAACUUCUAUCAGGCUGAAUACGACGACUACGUGCCCAUCCUCUACAAACAGCUCGGGGCGUAAACAUAUACCAUAUAACAUUCAACCCAUUUAAGUAACCCAGAUUAGAAAAAUAUUUCAUAUUCUAAACGCUCUUAAUUAUUUUAUACAUAGAACUACAGUAAACUGCCGGUUCAACUCUCACAUUCACAAAUAUUACUAUGAAAUCUUCCACUACAUCUUAACGAGUAGGUUCCACCAAUCAAAAAAUGUUCAAAAGAUGAUUACUAUCACGUCAUAUUUCAAUAAUCUGAUUGGUUGCGUAAAGGUUUUUCCAUCGUCACUAUUACAGAAGACUAUAACAUGAUUGCAUAUCUGCAUGCCUGAGAGUUCUCCAUAAUGUUCUCAAAAGUGUGUGGAGUCAACAAAUCCGCACUCUUAACCGAUACUCAUUGUGGGGGGAGUGCCUUAAUCACAUCCUACCAAGAAAAAGUAUUUUUACCAAUAUUCUAUCUUGUGAGAGAUGAAAGCAUAGCGUGGUUUUAACACAUUGAUUAAACUAAAUAUCGUAUACAUACUACAUUCGGUAUUUUAAAAAACAAGCAUACUGAAAUAUAAAAGAUUUUCGGACGAUGUGCAGAUACUAAAAUGAAUAAGUAAUAACUUAAUUUAACACCAUAAGUUAGGCUUUUAAAGUUUUAUGUAUUAUAUAGUUAAGCUAAAUACAAAUAAGUAGAAGUCUAUAACAAAUAAUAAUUUGGUUUAAUGGCAUUUAUUUGAAAGCAAUACUACUAAAAAAUAAAUUUAAUAAUUUUUAUUUACGCGCGUACCUAAGUGUAUAUUGGAACUAUAACUAUAUGUAUAAUAAGAUUUUUAAGUAUACUUAGUUAUUUUAAUAAAAUUCAUCAUACUGUUAGGUAGAGAUAAACCUAAUUUUAAGACUGAAAUUGUUAACUUGAAGUUGAACAUUGGGAUUGUAUAAAAAAAAUAUUUUCAAAAUUUUUAAUAGAGAUGUAUCUAGUUUUGUUUCUUAUUGAGACGUUUGCCUUGGCUCGUAAUAUUUUUCUUUUCCAAUAAAUGUAUGAUAUAUGUUAAC